GCUAGGUGUGAAGCUAUCUACUGAGUGAGUACUGGAUCUGGGGUGAUUAGAUAGUGACCGCCUGGGAGUUCGUCCGCCGCAUUUCUAAGCUCGUGAUCACCGACCGCGGUGACGGUGAGGCUCUUCUGGCGACGACUCGAACGAACCCACGCUCGAUAGGUUUUCCAAACUUGUCUUUAUUUUCCUUCCUUCCUUCCUUUAGAGAUUAUCAGUGAGUGAGAGGCGGAGAAGAGAGAAGAGAGAAGACAGAAAGAAAGAAAGAAAGAAAGAAAGAAAGAAAGAAAGACGGUCUCCCUCUCUGAAAGCUGAAAAGGCUCCUCGGUUCAAGUCUUGACACCAUGUCGAACCAGCUGGUGGGCACGGUGUUUGAUCGUGUCAUCCAAGAGGUGUGCGAUGCAUCCCAGGUGGAUUUUGAGGAAAGUGGCGUCGACCAACAGACUCUGCUAGAUUUGCGGAAGAACCAGAUCCUGCCUCCAACAGCGACCGUGCCGUCUAAUGCUCCUCGUCCUCCUCAACCUUCCCCAACACAACAUGUCCCGCCUCAACCACUACCACAGUCAGUCCCAGCAAGCGUACCACCCCUGCAAGUCCCUGCUCCCGUUGGGCCCAGCGCCAGCAAUGGUAUGGGUCAGUCUCCCCAGAUAAAGACCGAACCAGGCGUCAAUGGCCAUUCCGGAUUGCCUCCCAUGAACAGCAUGAUGAUGUCAGCCCCGCCAAACCCCCAGUCCGCACGAGAACGAGCGGCCAACUUAGUCCAUCAGCGAUAUGGCGCUGCGGCUGCCAACUCGGUCAGUCAGAUGCAAGCACAGCCACAGCCGGGAUUAGGAAUGCCCCGUCCCCCUAAUAUGCAGCCCAUGCCGAACGGCCAAGGCCACCCGAUCAAGCAGGAACCAGGAUAUCCACCUCUCUCACAUCCAUCUGUUGGCAAUUCUCAGACCGACGGUGCCAGUGGGGAUGCACUAUCAGAAUGGAAGGCUGAAGUCACACGAAGGCGGGAAGCUGCCGAACAACAGGAUGGAGAAGGGGACCGGGCGCUUAGGGAACAUUUGCGCCAACGCAUACUCCAAUUUGAGGGUGGUGGUCUGAUGUUGCCUCUAGAAGAACAGCAGUCCUCCUCUUCGCGUGGGCUAACAUCAAACCUGUCUUCCGCGGAGUCUAAAGUGCCUCGUGCUCAGUUUGACGGACCUGGCGGCGACGACACCAAGGAUGAAGAUGAUGAAGAUGCCAUCAAUUCUGACUUGGAUGACCCCGAUGACCUAGUAGCGGAAGACCAUGAUGCCGAGGAUGCUGUCGGACAGGUGAUGCUCUGCACGUACGAUAAAGUACAACGGGUCAAGAACAAGUGGAAGUGCACUUUGAAGGACGGCAUCUUAACCACCGGAGGCAAAGAAUAUGUUUUCCACAAAGGGCAGGGCGAGUUUGAAUGGUAGAUGAAACCACGUUAAUGUGAUGAUGCCUUGCAAGGCUCAUAGCGCUCGUCUCCAAUCCUUCCCCUUCCUUCCUCCUUUCGUAUCUUCCUAAAUCUCUCUGUAUUGUGUAAAAUCCUCAGAUUUGCUCAUGUUCCGCAUUCCCAUAAACCAGGAAAACCCAC